AUGCCCCUGCUCAAGAAGAUAUUCCAUCGGAAAACCAGGUCUGAAAGCGGAAUCGACAUAAACUGGCCAAGAACUGGACCGACCCAACCUCUGGAAGCGCGACAUACGGGUACGGAGAAUGGGAAAUAUUGCUAUUGCUGUUCGCCAUUUUGUGCUACCUGCGCAGCUCGCAUCGAUGCCUUAGCCUCCGCGGAUCCUGCCCUGCCGGCGACAGAAUUGGACAUACCGAGGAUCGUGGAGAGGAUAACGCGUCUGGAGACUGCGCUGGUCCGUUGCAAGCGCGUAGAGGAGGCUCUCCAUGAUGUGCCCAGUGUUGCUUUGUCCAAGAUUCAAGUCCUCCAGGGACAGCUACGCGGGCGUCAAGAAUCUUUGAACGUGCUACUAGGCAACGUCGCAAGCUCUGAUCCUGUACUGCGCGAUAUCGUUGCUGCUGUCUCCUGUGGCGAAUCUCCCGAGCAAGCACUCCUGGCUCAUAUCAAGCGUGAGACCCAGGACCCCUCCAGUCCCUUGUGCAGCGUGCUCAAAGCUCCGCCCGUCUUGGGUGUUCGACUACCAGUGCACCUCAAGUCUCACGUCGUCAUAUGGCUCGGUACGAAGCGCAGACAACAGUCUCAAAGGAGCAAGAGCGUUUACUGGAAGACCGAAGUCCGGAAUGUCUGCGCUGACAUACUUACGCCGAGUGCAUCUGCUGUCUCUAGUAUCACUGCCAGUGGGACUCUCACCGCAACUCGGGAAGAUGCUCUGAAUGUACUGAUAGAGAGGCAUCGACGGUUGAAGUCUACCAUCUCCACCGGUCGGGCCUUCGUGACCGUCGAUUUACCGAGCGAUCUCUCGUCUGCGCUAGCGGCACCCAUGGUCCAUGGUCCCGAAGAUGUUGAGCUGGCUCCUGGGGCUUCAAGCCGCUCGCUGAACAGCGCUCUGGAACAGCAGUACCCGGCCUCUCUGGAGUUUGCGAACGGUAGCAGCAGCGUCUAUAGCUGCUCUUCUUUGCCGGACUCUGUAUACACCGGAAUCUGCAGGAGCCAGGAAGUAGCAGAACCUUCCCUGAUGGUCGCCUACAACUCGCAGGACGUGUUUCUCUCCAUCCCUCUGUCUAGUUCUGGAAGCGCUCGCAGUUUGUCUUCUGUUCCCCGUCCAUCCGGCUCGCGGAGGAGUCUCUUGAUGGCUGUGAACGUGAAACUAGGCCCGAUUGCGGAGGCCGAGGAAAAUGAUGUCGUGCCUAAUGCUCGCGAAGUUGAUGCCGCGGAUGCCCAGGACGAAAAUGUGGAGGCCGAAGAGGUGGUGCAAUCUUUUUCCAUGGACCAACCUAUGGAUUCACUCAUCCUAGAGGAGUGUGUGGAUUCAGUGCCCGAUGCUGUGGUCCAGGGUUUCCCUUCGUCCCCCCAGUCUAUCCUGCUGUCACCGGUGGACGCUAGCUCCCUCAAUAUCUCUCCUCUUCAACUCUGCUCCACUCCUCGUACGCGGCAGACUGGACUACGUUGCCCUUCUCCGCGGUUGUCUCCCAUCUUCAAGUUACUGCCCAAGCAACCCGACGAUCUCUUUGGUCCGAGCAGUCCGACGCUCAGCCCGGGAAGUCCUUCCCGCCAGCCCUCGCCAUCGAGGCUGCCGGUAUUGAAGUCCCGAAUGUCGGCUUGCGAGAUGAGAGUGUGA